AUGUUCUUCACGUUGUCCUACACAGCCCAUACUCUGCUAUCAAUAUCGCUCCACGUAACGGGUGUCCUCGCCGGUCUUUUUAUUUGGUAUCUUUUCCCGCAACAUGUGAGUUGACCAACUAAAACAUUUUAUACUAUAUACAAGUUCACCAAAUAAGCCUUGGAUACUGCUUAAAGGCGCAAGGCGGUUAUUAGCAACUUUUAAAGAAGAAGACAGAUUUUCAGCCAACUCGCUCAAUAGUCAAAAUUCCCAAGGAAAAAGUCGCUCUGCUACUGGAGACAUCAGAAUCUAACGACAAAAUCUACACACAGCAGCCAAGCCCGAUGCAGUUCCACACUCAAAAACUUAUAGAAGUUCCGGUUCGUCAUCACGGCUAG